ACAUUCCAUAAAGAAAAAACCCAUCACUCCCCAAUCCCCAUAACACACCCCACACCACACCGCCUCAACUCAACAUGACCACCACCGCCGGAGCCAAACGCAACUGGAAAAAGGUAGCCAGGAUCACCAAAUCGCUCUUCUUCAACUCCUUCAACACUUCCAAAUGUAAGACGGCGGCGAAGCUGGCGGUGGCCAGGAUAAAGCUGCUGCGGAAUAAGAGGGAGGUGGUGGUCAGGCAGAUGAGGCGUGACAUUGCGCUGCUGCUUCAGUCUGGUCAAGAUGCCACUGCUCGUAUUAGGGUUGAACAUGUGAUGAGAGAACAGAAUAUUCUGGCUGCUAACGAGUUUAUCGAGCUCUUCUGUGAACUUAUUGUACAACGACUAACCAUUAUUGCAAAACAAAGGGAGUGCCCAGCCGAUCUAAAAGAAGGGAUAUCAAGUUUAAUAUUUGCAGCUCCUAGAUGUUCGGAAAUUCCUGAGUUGGUUGCACUUAGAGACGUUUUUGAGAAGAAAUAUGGUAAAGAUUUUGUUGGAGCAGCUACUGAUCUACGACCCAGCUGUGGUGUAAAUCGAAUGCUUAUUGACAAACUCUCUGUUAGAACUCCUGCUGGUGAACUGAAGUUGAAAGUUCUGAAAGAAAUAGCGAAAGAAUACCAGAUUGAUUGGGACACAACAGAGUCGGAAACCGAACUUCUCAAACCACCUGAAAAGCUUAUCGACGGGCCUCAGACAUUUGUGAGUGCUUCUAGCAUGCCUAUUAAUCCUCCACGUGAAGAAACCGUUCAGCCAAACAACCCACCAUCACGCCGGUACUCGGAGAACGGUCAAAAAAACAUGAUGCAUUUCGACAACACAAAAUCAGCUGCUGAAGCUGCUGCUGAGUCAGCUAAAAUGGCAAUAGCUGCCGCAGAAGCCGCUGCAUACUUAGCCAGCAAAGAAUCAAACCAGUCAACUCAACCACAUGGAUUCGUAAACGGUCCUAAAAGUGCCAACAAUUUCGACUCUUUUUCUAGCAGCCCUCCCAUCGAUUUUGGCAAAACGUCAAGACAGAGUUCCGAGAGGUCUCAUGUUUCGCAGGGUCAACGGAGACACAGUUACAAUGCAUCCGGUGUGAAGUUUGAUGAAUCCGACUGUGACGAACAAGCUGAAAUAGAUUAUAACAAGAUGAAUAGACGACACACCUACAACGCACCUCCUCCGGUUUCGUCUGUCAAGUUUGAUGAGUAUGAGUCUGACUACGAUGAAGAAAUUGAGAUGGAGCAUGACCAUGACCGUGACCGUUCUAGUGGGAUGGACAAUGGUCCACCAAACCGGCCUGCACCACCAGCACCAACUUCUGGUAAUAUGAAACAUGGUCAGCGAGUUCAUCCUAAGCUGCCAGAUUAUGAUACACUUGCGGCUCGUUUCGAAGCUCUCAAGCAUUACAAACCUUAGGUCAGAUUAUGGUUGCUUUUGUCUACUUUGAUCAUUCGUUUAUUCGCAGUAUUCAUCUAUGUGUAUUACAUUAUGUGCUGCCCUUUGGUUGGCAGAUAGGUAUGAAUGUCGGUAUAUUUUUUUGUUAAAUAUAUGUAUAAAAAAGAUUUGUUAUAAUUCGAAGUCUUAAGAGUUGAUGCA